CCAGUAGUCCAAGUGGUCCACAAGACACUUAAAGCCACCGCCCGCUCCUGCAUGGCCCACGUUAACGCGACAGAGACUGAUCUGGAGUUCCUUCGGAAAGAUCCACCUUUUCCUGAGAAGUCUGCCUGCAUCAUCACCUGUUUGCUGGAAAAGAUUGGCAUCGUGGAAGACGGCAACUACUCCAAGAUGGGCUUCAUGACGAUCGUCAGCCCGCUCGUGUUCCGCAACAGGAAGAAACUUGAGCACAUGAACUCUGUCUCAGAAAAUUGCGAUAAGGAGAUAAACCGAAGAGGGUCUGCUUGUCAACUCGGGAACGAAAUAACGAUUUGCAUUUUUAAAUACGCCCCCGAACUGCACUUCAAGAGUUGA